AUGCCGCUACCAUACACUCCCUACCGCCUGGCCACGGCCGCCAUCGGGCCCAGCACCUCUCGCGACAGCAUCCACCUCUCUCAGUCCCAAGACGAGCCAAUCACGGUACCCACUCCCAGCCACCCCGGCUACAACAGCAACAGCAGCACUAGCGCCAGCACCAGCACCAGCAGUCCCUACAGCAGCAUCCCAGAACACCAUGCCGCCCACGCAAGAGCCUACUUUCCCUCGCCUGCUUCGGGCUACGACGCCGGCUUCGUCCUCGCUCGCGCUGUCGCCGGCGCCCGCGAGCUCGAGCUGCGCUGGUGCCGCAUCUCUUCAUCCCAAGGCUCCGUGCCAGCGGCCGCCACCAACAGCCGCGCCCUCGCCAAGUCGGAUACCUUUGCGCCUAGCCUCGACGCCUUGCAGUCGGGCCCGCCGCCCAAGACGUUCCUCUUUCCAGCGCCCUUGCUCCCAAACGUCGGUCUGUUUGCCGACCGGCUAUCCGGCUGCCUCUACGUGGUCGCCGUCACUACGACCGGCUACCUCUACCGCCUCAACUUUCCGCUGCCCUUCCUCUUCCACGCGGCAUCGCUGGGGCCCGCGUGGUCGACCGAGUACCGCGUCUCGCAGCUGGCCGCCCACGACUCGUCCAGCGGGUCGGCUGUGGGCUCCAGAGCGGCAACCCACGCAUUCAUCGAGGAUGCGGGUCUGGUCCUGCUCACCUGCGGAGACGGAUCGAUCGUCAAGCUGCAGCAGGUCCGCUCUGGCGACCACGGCUUCGAGGGAACCUGGAAGGAGAGCGUGCUGCGGCCCACGUCGUUCCUCUCGGGCGUCUCGCGCUUCUUCAGCCGCUCCGCUUCGCCGAUAGACGCCUCCUCUUCGCCCACCCACGCCCUCUCCGUCACCACCUACGUCGACGGCAACGGCUAUGCCCUCGCGUUCGCCGCCAGCCGGGAUCGCAAGCUGCGCGUCUGGAACCUCGUCUCGGAGAGCUGCGUCCGCACCCUCGACCUUCCCAUCUCGGCGGAUCCCGGGGCGACGGCGGAACGGCAGCUCAUGGUGGCCGGAGACGACGCCGACGCGCGCGGUUCAAAGGACGGUGUACCGCCCUUCGGCCUGAAUGCGAAGCCGAUGCUCAAGCUCUUCUCGGCCCGCGACGACGAAGCCAACAGCUCCGUCAGGUAUCUGCUCGCCUACGUGCCCGCGCCGAUGCCCCACGGCAACAUGUUUGCGCUCUACUCGGUCGACCUCGAAGAGAGCCGGAGCUCUUCUGGCGGGCUCGGCGAAGUCUCGCUGGUAUGGGAGAAGCGAUGCGAUCCCGAGACGCGCGGCAGGGGCAUCGAGCUCCGCGACGUUGCCAUCGCGCCCAUUUCCGAGGACGCCGACGAAGCCUGGGCGAUGUGGACGCUCUGGGACGCCGGCAACGGCCCGCUGCUCAAGUAUACCCGGAUCGGCGAUGAGUCGGCGGCUCCCUCUGGACCGGACGAGAGCAGCACUAGCAUCAGGCUUAGCGGCGCCGCUGCGCCCGACGACGACUGGAGGACCGUCAGCUGCGAGCGCCACUUCCGACCGAUGCACGGAGACGACUUCGAAGAGAUCCUCGAGGCGACGAGGAAGUCGGCCGACCCGGCCGACGUCUUCCUGUCUCGCGUCCUCGAGCCCGGCAGGUUCUCGGAGUCGACGCUCCGCACCGCCAUCAAGAUGUACCGCGAUGCCGUCCCGUCGACGUCGCGGCAGCCAUCGACCCUUUUCGGCAGCCUGGCCGAGGAGGUUGGCACCAUCGUGGCCAGCAACUGCGAGCUCGAGGUGGAUCCCAAGACCGGCGGCAAGCUCUACGACAAGUUUCACAGCUCGAUCGUCCGCGAGUGGACGCGCUUCGUUGGCCUCGCCGAGCAGAUCGAGGGCAGCGCGCUCUGGCCCAUUGAGCUCUCGAUGCCUAGGCUUGAGGCCUACGGAGCGGCCGGCACCGUGGCCGAGCCGCUAGUCGUCACGCGAGCAGCCCUCUGCGUUCCCACGCUCGAGGACGGCCCCAGCAUCGUCGAGAGGCUGCAACGCCUUGGGGAGUUCGCCGAGGCUGCCGCGGCCGCCAAGGGCCUCAACCCGUCCGCGCUCGAGCAGGUCGCGGCCGAACGUCGGUUGCUCUUCUCGGCCGCCGACUUGCACAGCGCCGACAUCCUCCCUGUGCUCGGCUCAACGUCUGCCACCGUGGCCGAUGUCUUUGAGGUCGUCGAUGCCGCCUCGCAGCUCGUCCAGCAGUUCUCGCCCGUCGACAUCGAGGCAUUCACCGGCUCCGUCCAGAAGCUGUUUUCGUCGCCGCUCGGCUUCUCGUUGGAGCAGGCUGCGACGGAGUUGUGGUGCAUGGACCUCUGCAACAUCGAGGGUAUUGCCACCGCCGUGGUCGAGAAGCUGGUCAACACACUGGGCGCCAGCCUCGAAUCCGCGCUCAGCGAUGUCGUUGCGCUCCUGACAAGCGGCUUCGAGGGCGACCAGGACCCGACCGCGCCUCUGCGCCGCCACAGCGACGUGACCCUGUCUGACCUGGGCGCUUCGCUCUGCGGCGACGCGCUCCUGCAGGCGGUCGCUGUCAGGCACACUCUCGCAACGACCUUUGCGAUCCUGGUCAUCGCGCUGUACUCGUGCAGUGACACGGCAGCCCAGGUGUCCGACAUCCCGCUCUACGUCGCACACGCCCUCUCGACCCUGCAGAGCCUCAACGCCCUCCUCGAGCUGGCGCGGACUCCGGGCGUUGCCGAGAUCCAGGCGCAGUCGUUCGAAGCCGGCGACCGCGACAACCUUGCCGCCCGGCUGGGACGCUUGAGCGUCGCUCUUCCCCUCGGUCGCCAAGGAGAAGACGAGAGGCGCCGUCAGUUCGAAUGGCCGAGCCUGCUCCACUUCUGCGUGGCCAACCAGCUCCUCGUCGUCAGCGCCGCCGACGACCGCCGGGCCGCUUCGAGCCUGGGCCGCAAGAUCGGCUCGGUCGUCGUGCGCGCCCUUGGCUCGUCGGACCUGCUCAAAGGCGAGGUCGGCGACCAGGCGAGCACACCGCCGAUGCCCGUGCUGAGCGCCGGGCACGCGCGGAUGGGCGACGCGCUGGUGCGCCAGGGCUUCCCCUCGGCGGCGCUCGCGUUCCUCUCGCACUUUCCUCCGACGCCCGCAGCCCACUACGUGCGGGCGCGGGCGCUCGUAUACCUCGGCCGCCUCGAUGAAGCCGGCGAGGCGUUUGAGCGUGUCGUGCCAGCCGUCGAGGCACCUGCCCUCCUGCAGAGGAAUGCGGACGGCCUCGUCGACCUUCUACCGCCGUCGAUCACCAGCGUCUCUGCCAAGGAUCGGGCUGCCCUCUUCUACCGCCACGUCUCGUCAUUCUUCGAGGUCGCCGACUCCCCCUUCCACGUGGCCAAGUUCUGCCAGGCGUCGAUCGAGGCUGGCGACGACUUUGCCGGCGGCGCGAGCGGGGACGGCGGCGAGCAGGCCACCUCGCGUGACCUGUGGUUCAAGAUCUUCCGCGCCCAGCUCGACAUGCACGACUUUUCCGAGGCCUACGCCACCAUCAUGGCGCUGCCGCACCCGGGCCUGCAGAAGGACUGCCUGCGCAGCCUGGUGGGCGUCAUGUGCGAGGCGGGCGAGAUCGGGACGCUGCUCAAGUUCAGCUUCCCGGGCCUGCAACCCGAGAUCGAGCGGACGCUGUCGUUCAAGGCGCGCAACUCGGACCCGCUGUCGACACCCAACUACUACUUCGUCCUCUACUCGUACCACAUCUUCCGCGGCGACCUCAAGAGCGCCGGCGCCGUCAUGUACCAGCACGCCCAGCGGAUCGGCGAGAUCCACCGCGGAGGCGACAGGGCCGGCCUCGAUCCGGUCGGCGACUUCAUGGACCUGGCCGUCAAGCAGGCGCAGAGCUACCUCGCCUCGAUCAACGCCCUCUCGAUGAUCCGCCCGGAGAACGCGUGGUUCGCGCAUGCCGACACGUCCGACGCCGACGAGGCGGCAGGCGGCGCCGCAGCCUCGUCGCUCCUCUUUGGUGGGCAGGACGACGAGCAGGCGGCCUCUCGGAGGGCCAAGAGCUCCGGCCCGCGCGCGCUGACGAGCUACGUCCCUUCGAACCUCUUCGCUCCGACGGCGCGCGAGAUCCGGAUCGUGUCGCUGCCAGACAUCCGCCGCGAGUACGCCUUGAUCCUGGCGCGCCUCGAGCUCGUCGGGCGCUACCCGGAGCUCGGGUACUCGACGUCGACGCUGCGCCCCUCGGAUGCGGUGCUGCUCUUUGUCAACGCCGACCGCUUCGACCUGGCCUUUUCGACGGCCAGUGCGCUCGACGUCGACAUGACGCCCAUCUUUGCCAGCCUGGCGACCAAGUGCGUCGCCCUGGCGCGCGCACGCACGCUGCGCCUGCGCGCCCGGGGUAGCGAUGCCGUCAGCAGCGCCGAGGGCGACGUGCUGGCGCUGCAGGACUCGGACGAGGACCUCGAGGAGCCGGAAGCGUCGUUCCUGGCGCUGUCGGAAAAGGCGGCGGGUUGGACCGAAUCGGCGUCCGAGCGCGCCUGGCGGUACCUCGAGCUGCACCUCGACAUGUUUGACACCGAGCAGGGCUGCUGGCGCUACCGGCUGGUGGUGCUCGACAAGGUGGUGAGCCUGCGGCUGUUUGGCGAGAUGCCCGCGUGUCUAAAGCAGUGGUUCGAGCGGCAACGGCCCGACGCCGUCGUUCGCGUGCUACGCCGCUACGGCAUGAUUGACGAGGCGCUGCGGGCCUGCAUCGCCAUGGUCAAGAGCGAGACCGACACGAGGCUCAAGCACAACAAGCGUCCCGGCUCUUCAUGGCUGCCCUACUCGCUGUUCGACGAGGUGCUGCUGCAGGCCGAGGAUCCCGACAGCCGGCCGCCGGCGGGGUCGGCCUCGGCGACGACGACGCGCGGGCUGGCUGCCGAGCUGCGGCAGGCGCUCGACGGCAGGGUCGAGGGGCUGGAGCGACGGACGCGGGAGGUCAAGAGGCAGGGCGAGGCGGAUCUGGAUCGCGAGACGAAGCGCCGCGAACGCGAAGGGGCCGGCAGGGAAUGGAUCCCUGCUGCCUGA